GAGAGGCUAGCGUGGGAUGGGAAUAAGAGGAAGCCAAAGGAAAUGACUUGGUGCAAUGACUCCAGCGACGUGCAAACUAUUGAGAGAAGCUCUUCUUCAUCUUCUCAAAAAACUGUUACUCAUCAAAGGCACAAAGAUUACCUAGUUGCAACUUGUCCUUCAUGCGGUCAUCAGAUCAAAGGCCGUGAUCAGGCGGGAAUUCAUGAUUUGCCUGGAUUACCUGCUGGAGUGAAGUUUGAUCCAACAGAUCAAGAGCUUCUUGAACAUUUGGAGGGGAUGGUACGGUCUGAUGCUCGUAAGCUUCAUCCUUGUAUGGAUGAAUUUAUCCCAACGAUUGAAAGAGAGAAUGGAAUUUGCUAUACUCAUCCAGAGAAGUUGCCAGGAGCUAGCAAAGAUGGCCUAGUUCGCUACUUCUUUCACCGACCGUCCAAGGCAUACACUACCGGGACUAGAAAAAGAAGAAAGGUUCACACUGACACGGAAAGCGGCGAGACCAGGUGGCACAAAACAGGCAAGACCAGGCCAGUUUUUAUCAGUGGAAAAGUUAAGGGGUACAAAAAGAUACUGGUGCUUUACACCAACUAUGGGAAGCAAAGGAAACCCGAGAAAACUAAUUGGGUGAUGCACCAGUACCACUUUGGCAACAAUGAAGAAGAAAAAGAUGGUGAGCUAGUUGUCUCAAAAGUUUUCUACCAAACACAGCCUAGACACUGUGGUUCAGUAAAGCACUCCUUGCCCUCAAAAUCAAAGGUGCUGCAGUGUACACAAAGGUUCUCAUUUCAUUUCCUUUGAUCAAGGUGGCCAAACUAGGGCCAAGCCUAGUCAGUUACUUCCCCAUUUUGCAGUCCAUGAUGGGUCUUUUAUUCCUUAAUAAAAAGAAGGAUCCAUGCAAGGAAAAAAAGGUGAUAGUCUACUUAGUAUAUAUAUGGACUGUGGGGGCAAAACCAAAUAAGCAUUAAUUGGUAAAAUAAUAUAGAGUAAUAUACUUAUGUGUUUAGGGGAAGCAAAUAGGUGAGGAAGAAUAAGGAAAGCUUUUAUAGCUUGUUGAGGAGGAGAAGAAACAUUCUUCAGCAUGGAAGAAUAUGAAGAUGAUGGAUGCUUUUUUUUUUCUUUUUCUUUUUCCUUCCUCCUUUAAUGGAUGCUUUGUACAGUUUAAGCAGCAAGGGGUAAUUAAAUGUGUCAUAUGCAAGGUCCAUCCAACUUUACUCUUUGGAGAAGUUAACUUUUGGAAACGGUACAAAGGUG